UGGUGUCAAUAGACCUUCUCCACCCCUAGGAAACGAAUAAGUAGCCAGUGUCUGGUGCCUUUCUCCAGCCACAAGGAAAACAGUGAGAGAAAAACCACCAGCAGGAAGGAGGAUCUGAUCCACCAUGUCGGACCUGGAGAAAGCCAUGAUGGCCAUCAUCGAGACAUUCCACCAGUACUCCGGGAAAGAGGGUGACAAACAUAAGCUGAAGAAGUCAGAGCUCAAAGAACUCAUCAAUAAUGAACUCUCCCACUUCUUAGGGGAGAUCAAGGAGCAGGAGACAGUGGACAAAGUCAUGGAGACUCUGGAUGCUGAUGGAGAUGCUGAGUGCGACUUCCAGGAAUUUGUGGCCUUCAUCGCCGUGAUCACCUCUGCAUGCCACGAAUUUUUUGAACAUGAGUGAAGCUCCCAGGAAGUUCCAUCUGUCACGAAAAUCAAGCAAAGAUCCACUGGAAUUUUAAGCAAAGCAGCAAAGCAGAGCUUGUGGUCUGGUAGGACCCCAGCUGGCCAGCCCCCAAGUAGUUUACUUAGUAGGAAGUUUGACAUGCUUCGUGAAGAGAAACAGUUUCUGCCAGGACAGCUCAAAGUGCCUCCUCUUCACUCUCCUGGCAGCCUGUCUUUGUCAUCCCUCCCCAUAGAGAACUUCGGGCCCUCCCACUGUCCCAUUAGGUCCACACCCAAUGGCCAACCACAACCUGCAGAGAAGGCCUCUCUUCCUUUUGUGAGUGCUAAGGGAAGGCAAGGGGCUUGAUUUAGGGUGGUUGAGCCUUCCAUGGGACGUGGGGAGCACACAUAGCCCUGAUGACCAUGAAGUUCCCUUGAAGUUUCCACAGCUCCCUCUAAGCUUCCAGCUCUAUUUUACUUUAAAAUAUGGAGUGUUGCCCCAGGAUGGCCAAGUGGUUUCCCAUCCUGAAAUUUGCUUGCAAUAGCCAGAAAGGGAAACCAACGUAAUUAGAUAAUAUCAACACACAACUCUGCAAACCAGGACAAGUGGGAGUAUUUGUGUCGCCUCUCCCAGGGAGCUGAGCCCCUGGAGCACUAGGCUUUGUCCUCCAGCUUUGUUACUUCAGCCCAAGCAUAGUACCAUGCACACAGCAAGGGCUUAAUCAAUGCUUGUUAGGUGCAGAAUUGCCAAGGGUAUGUAGGAGUGGGUUUUCCUGAUAAGUCAUUAGAAACCAACCGAAUAAUACAAAUAUAACUAACAGAACCAAAGCAGGUCAAACAUUGAUGUGUCUUAUUAGCACCCUUAUAAAUGCUGGAAGUAUUAACUUUAAUCUGUCAUAAAAGUUAUAAAAGAAUUCCAAGCCCUUUAUGCAUUCCCUCAUUCCCUAGUUCAUUCAUUCAUUUACUCAUUCAUUCAACAGCCAUUCCUCUUGGGUGAGUCACUUGACUCCCGAAAUUUCUCUCAGUAUUUCAGUAUAUCUUUUGGUGGUGAGAACAGCUGUGAUAAGGCAGAGAGGUGGGCAGCACGUAACUACAGUGGAAAGUGCCCCGGAGCAGGGAUCAGAAGACCUUGAUUCUGCUCCUCUUUCUUCUCACAUUUUGCCCUGUGACCUUGGGCAAGUCUCUCCCCUGGGCAGUAGAAUGAAGUGACAUGUUUUGUCCUUCUAGCUCUGACCUUCAUAAAUAGCUGGUCUUGCUCUUGAAAAAAAGCAAAAACAACCAACCAGUGAAAGCAACCUCCAACUUGCUUACAAUUUACUUAAGGGGUCUUCACUCUUUUUUUGGGGGGGGGUUGAGGCAAUUGGGGUUAAGUGACUUGCCCAGGGUCACACAGCUAGUAAGUGUCAAGUG